UUAUUUUAUUACUUCCCUACUUUUGUACGUUGCAAUAAAAAAUUUCACCUUCUCUGCUGAAAAAAUUUUCAAGUGCCUUAUUGUUGAGAAAUAUGUGAAAUUCGCGAUUGAAAAUAGUUAAAAUCUAAGAUAAAGUUAUAAAGUAUAUGAAUUAUAUAAAAGAUAAUGUGAAUAAGUGUUAUUAUAUGAAGAAAAUUGGUGUGAGAAAUGGGCGUUAAUCAAAUAGUGAAAAAAUUAAGAAAAAUAAAAUAAAAAAAAGUGGAGAAGCGCAGAAAGAAGAUUACAAAAACAGCGACAACAGCAGCAACAAAUACAACAACAAAAUUUAAUAGCAACAGCAGAAGGCAGCAAACCGUAGCGCUAGCGCUAGUAGGCUCACUUGGAAAGAGUUCAAAGUGAAAGGCGAAAUUUUCUUUGCAAAUAAAAACGUAGUGUAGAAAGGACGACUACAAAAAAGUUUAUUUUAAGAGUGGCACUUGUGACUUGAGAAAAUGGUGUGAUGGCGAAGAUGGCAUCUGGAGAUCUCUCUUUAACGAGCACGAGUAGUCAAGAAGAAGAAAGUCCCGAAUAUGUUGGUUACGAUCGUACACUUCGGCCGUCAUUGAAUUCGAGUGGCAGCACAAAUGCAGCAAAUUUGGCGAACAAUAAUGGCCAAAAUAGUGGUAAUAGUAGUGGUGGAGGCAGCGGAGUUGUGAGUGUUAGCGCCGGCGGCGGUGGUGGUAACGGCAACAACAACAGUGUUUCAAAUGGCUCGCAAUACGAUGUGAUUAAAUCACCUUACAGUCCAGCUUUCAUGGAGCUGAGCCAGCUGCGUCACCAGCGUGCCGAUGCGUUGUGUCGCUGUGAAGAGCUGCGUGGCCAGGUGGCCUACUAUCAGGAGCAAUAUGUUAGUGCCAUGGCACAGUUGGAAAGUACCGAACGUAAUAAGUUUAUUGAUGUUGUGGCGGAGAAUGCGCGUCUUAAGCAACAGAAUACGAAGCUCGAGCGGCAAUUGAUACGAUUGGAGAGUGAGAAUGGGAAUAAGACGUCAAAUACGCCGAAUGCAUACUAUUACAGCGAUGUAUCGACCGGACGAGGUGGCAGUGGCGGUGGCGGGAAUAAAUGUGAUGGCAGCUGUGCAGAGAGCGAAAAGUUGAUGGAGCAGAGUGAAAAAUUGCUUGAAGAGCUGCAUUUGUGCAAGGAACGCAAUGCCGAUUUGCUGAAAGAGCGCAGCGCAAUUGCAACGGAGCGUGAGAAGUAUAAAAAGAGCUUUGGUUCUACUCUAGCCGAAUUGGAUAAUGUGAAGAAGGAGCGUAAUUUCUAUCGUGAAUCGCGUGAGAAUUUCAAUUUGCAACGUGAUAUAAUGGAAAAGGAGAUACAAAAGUUGAAGUCGCUGCUUUCGGAGGAGUCUAAGAAAGUGCUGCUGAUCACUGUGGAACGCAAUCGCAUUGACGAUGAGCUAAAGCAAUUACUUUCGGAGAAGGACAAUGUGUUGCACGAGCAUCAGAAGAUGUUCGAUGAUUUGUCGGCGGCCAAGAAAGAAAUUGAAAACUACAAGAAAAACGACUUGAUAUAUCAGGCGGAGAUAAAUAAGCUGCAUCAGGCCAAUGCCGAGUUGCAAAAGCGUGGCUUGCUCAAGUCCAAUUCAUGGUCGAAAGAGUUUUCCGAUAGCAAAGAUGAUUUCAAGGAGGUUGAAAAGCUGCGCAAGAGCCUUGAGAAAGCUAAUUCGGAAGUGGAACGUGCGCUGCAGGAUGCCGAGCAGGCGAAGGGUGUGCGUGAUUGGGCCAUUUCACAGCGCGAAAAAAUUGUGCAGGAACGCGACUCAGUAAAGUCACUGUGCGACAACCUACGUAAAGAGCGUGACAAAGCAAUAUCUGACCUGCUGUCGGCUAUACGCGAUAGCGAAAAAAUAAAGAAGCAAAAGGAUGAAGCACAAAAGAAAAUCGACGUGUUGAAGGAACAAAUCGAAAAUCAAAAUAUGGAUAGCACGUCGCGUCGCAGUUUUCGCAUGAGCACAUACGAGGCGGAAGAUCUGCUGGAUAUCGAACUGAAUUACCACUCGGAUAGCGAUAUUGGUAUUAUAUUGGAUGACAGCAACAAUCGGCAACUGGUAUGUGGAGUCACCAAUAGCUCGCCUGCUUUUGGAAAGCUAAAAAUGAAUGACGUAAUUUGCAAAGUGAACAAUCUCGAUUGCCAAACCAUGACUAAGCGCAUGGUGCUAGACGAAAUACGCAGUAGCGCCCCGCGCUGUAAGUUAUUAGUGUCGCGCACACGCCACAGUAAGCGCCACUUUUACACGGUGCAUCUAAAUAUGCAGAAUAAUAUGAAUCAUGGUCUGAGCCUGGACACGGGUGUUUUCAUUUCGAAGAUUGAACCGAACUCCUUGGCUGCUUACGAGCCCGAACUAGAUGUGGGUGAUCGGGUGCUAAGCAUCAAUAACAAGUCAAUGGAAGGCGUACACUCGGUGGAUGAUGUCAUGAGUUUAUUGAACGAUGAACGCAACGACGCCAUCACCAUCUUUGCAUUGAAGAAUGUGCAGGAUAUAGGUUACGGCGAUGGUCAGCGCCGCAUGACCACCUCAUCAGCUCAAACGGACUCCAUCGAUUCCAUGCAUCGUAUGACGAGCGCUAAGCAUCCUUCGAAGUUCUCGGAAAUGCUGAGCAUCUUCAAGAAGAUACACAUCUCCAAACCCGGUUCCGACGUUGACCAUUUUACACAGGAACAUGAUGCGCUGGCAGAGCUGGACUCGGUGUUAAGUGAGAAUUCGUCAGAAAAACCGCGUCGUGGUAAGCGCAGCAAGAAAGAAAAGGAGGCGGCCGCAAAGAGUAUGGGCACUUGGCCACGUGCCAAUAUUCUUAACGCCACUCACGAGAAUCCUACAGGCACUAUAGUGCAGCAACGCGAGAAAAAACGUCCUCCACUUGCGCUCUUCACAGCCGGUCCCAUAAAUGUGGAUAAGGACGAUGAGCGCGAAACAUCCGAUGAACAACCGCCCCCAUUGCCACCGCAGGCUAAACCGCAAGCGCACAUGCGGAGUAGCAUCACUAACGCAGGCAACGCCAUCAAAACCAAUCCGCAUCGCAAUUCGAAUCCAAUACCCGCGUCGGCGCUUUUUAUCCCUACGCCCAGUGCGUCGGGCAUGCCAGGCGUAAAUGGCGGCAGUGGCAAUAGCAAUAAUGUAUAUGCGAAUUAUAUGCGACAUUCGGUGUAUGUGGAGCCACAAAUAGACAAUGUGGGCCUAUUGGGUGAGCCGACGAAGCCACUCCAGCGGCCGGCACCCAUAAUGGGUGCCAACAUGCGUGUGAAGAUGCCGCCGGUGCCGGAUAAGUAUGGCAAUCAGCGCGUUCACAACUAUCAGAAUCGUUAUUCGUUAAAUAUAACGCCGACUGAGUUCUACAAGACUAGCGGCCAGCAGGCGCAACAACAGGUUAUACAUAGCGGAAAUGGCGCGGAGUUUUUGCCGCGUAAGCCGCACAUCUUCGAUAUGUUGAACAGCGGGAAUGGCAGUAGUAUGGGCGGUGGUGGCGGUGUCAUGCCGAAUAGUGUCAGCUCAAGUAAAUCACAACCACAUCCUGCGCUCUUUGCGCCAUUGAAUCUGCAUCCGCCGAAUUUCGCGCGCAGCUCAUCCACAACGCAGCAGAAUUCCUUGGAUAUGAUCUCGAUUAAGUCGCAAAACUCCAUCGAUUCCAUAUUGUCGGCGAAGAGUCCGCCCAUAAGCGAGUGCGCAGUGAUCAACCACUAUCCGAAGCGUGGCGUACCAAUGCCGCAGGCUGCCACAUCAGUGGUUAAUAAGAAUGUGGCCAAGUACCCAAGUGACAGCGAGAGUAUUGCCUCGGGCAUCAUGAGUGGCAGCGUUAGUGGCAUAGGCACCGGCGGAGGUGGUAUCAGCAGCGGACUUUUCCAUUCGAAUAACAUGGCCGCUCCACCACACAAUCGACACUCGCAGCUCUUCCCCACAUUCACGCAGAAUUCCAGCCACCCGCAUUCGCAUGCGAUGCGUCAAAUACGUCACUCUAGUCCGCUUACAUUGCCCUCCUCACCGCCACUGCAUGUACAUCCGCACUCGCACGCGCCACAUCCAUCAACGGUGCAACAGCAGUCGCAGCACGGCGUGGAUACGGCUGCGAGUAGCGCAAUUGGUAUACCAACCAGUUCGGUGGAUAAGUUCGAUAUGGACUUUGUAACGCCUGGAUUGCCAAUGCAUUCACAAUAUGUGCAUGAUUACCCACUCUCUACGCACUACCAUCCACACACGGGUGUACCCGUUAGCGGCGCUGGUGGCAUCAUCUAUGAAGGCGGCACAUUUCCGCGGAAAAAGGAUCAUCAACGUUUGCGCAUACCAUCCAAUCCGAGUGUAGCGAGCAAGAGUAGCGCAGGCGUAAAGAAUAGUUCCGGUUCCAUUGAUCAUCAUUAUGGUGGCGGUGGCGGCAUGCCGAAUGUUCCCUCGAGCAUGUCUGGCAUACCGCCUACGAUGCUAAUGCAUCAUUCAGCCAUUGCUGCGGUGGCAGCCAAUGGUGGUGGCAGCGGACGGGGUUCGCCGAUGCCGCAAGUGCACGUUGAGGUGCUGAGCCAUGGCGGCAGUAAACGCAACUCGAAUACGCCGUCGGAUUUUUUAUGCCCUGGAGACCUUAGAAGAGUCACGAUCGAGAAGAGCGAUAAAUCGCUCGGCAUUACCAUACAAUGCAACAACAAUGGUGGCGGCAUCUUUGUAUCGACUGUAGCCGAUAAGAGCAUAGCCACACGUGCAGGUCUUCAGGUGGGCGAUCAACUCUUAGAAGUCUGCGGCUUAAAUAUGCGUUCGGCUACAAAUGACAUUGCGGCGAAUGUGUUGCGCCAAUGCGGGAACUCGAUAACGAUGCUGGUGCAGUACAAUCCGGAAAAAUUUCACUCCGGUGAAUACGAUGGCACCAAUAAUCUCGAGACUGAAUCUCCAGUGAACCACUCUGGCUCACCCACACCUCGCAACUCACCACGACCACCUGUGCGCACCAUGAUGUCAUCACUACCACCGCUUCCAAUCUCAGCACCCACCAGCAAUCCCUUGGCACAGCAAACAAACAUUAUGCCACAAUCGAGCUCACUCAUCUCCACGCAAUCAAUCAAGGAUCAGAGUUUUGCCGAUAGUUUAGAGAAUCAAUCGGACAUCAGCAGUAGUCAGGACUUGCCCUCAUCAGCAGCUACAACCACCACCACAGCCUCGACAACAUCAACAGUUUAUGAAGAGGAAGCGCGCUAUGUUACAUUGCGCAUGGAUAAAUCGAAGAAUUUAGGCAUCAAAUUAUUUGGUGGCAACAAAGUGGGCAUCUUUGUGCACGACGUGCACCCCGGCUCACCUUCGGACAUUGCGGGCAUACGCAAAGGCGAUCAGAUAUUGGAAUAUAAUGGCGUUGACUUGCGUUGCGUGACAGCCGAACAGGCGGCGAAUGAGAUAUCCAAAUUGACGGACACUGUCACUUUGUUGGUGCAAAAUAAAUUGAAAAAAUUAAAGCAAAUCAAAGACAAGUCAGGUGAUUCUUUUUAUAUACGUGUUGGUUUCGAUCGCACAGGUGAGCUGAACGAAGGUGAUUUGCGUUUUGUCAAAGAUGAGGUGCUUUAUGUGGACAAUACGGUUUUUAAUGGCACAUUUGGUUUGUGGCGCGCUUGGAAGCUGGAUGGGAAGGGGCAUCGCAAGGAAUGCGGUAUUAUACCAAGUCAAAUGAAGGUUGAAGAGGAGCUACGCGCCGGUGAAGUGGUCGAUUGUGAAGGCGGCACUGCACGUCGUGGCAGCACAUCAGCGCGUCGUUCGUUUUUUCGUCGCAAAAAGCACCAGCGCAGUUCAUCGCGUGACUCCACGGAAAUUGCCAGUUUCAGCAACACACAAUUAAGCUUCUUUCCCGAUUCGGGCAUAAUGAACGAUGAUGGUGGCAUAUUGAGUUAUCAGCGUGUCGAACGGCUCGAUUCACCUGUGCGACGACCAGUACUCAUAAUCGGUCCUUUAUCGGAGCGUGUCAUGGAACGCUUGACAAUUGAUUUCUCGAAUUUAUUUAAAAUGUGCGAAGUGACCUCAAUGGAUUGCUCACAGGAUGCCAUGGAAGAGGGUUUACAGGAAAACAUAUUCGUAGACUAUCGACGGCGCGGUAACAAAUUUGAAUGCACGACGGUGGAGAAUAUUAAUAAUGCCUGCAAAAAUGAUCGCCGUCACUGCAUUUUAGAUAUUUCCAUUUCGGCUGUUGAACGUUUGCAGCGUCUGCAAAUCUAUCCGAUCGUUUUACUUUUACGUUUCAAAUCGGCGAAGCAAAUACGGGAAAUACGUGAUUUUGGCAUAGAUAAGAUAUCUGCUAAAGCUGCCAAGGAGAUGUAUGAACGCGCACUAAAACUCGAAGCGGACUACAAGCAAUACAUAUCAGCUGUAAUACCCGGUGUUAGCAUUAAGCACAUGUGCACACAAAUCAAGGACUCUGUAGACAAGGAGCAGGACAAGCUGUUGUGGGUGCCUGUUACUGGUUGAGCUUCAGCUUACCACGGAUGACAUGCAGUUAAAUGGCUUGUUGCACUGCAUUACAUACGCACGUGUAUUGUAUUUAGGCUUAAGUGUGAGACGCACAUAAUGAAUUUUUUUUGAUUUUGAUCCGGUUUCUUGUAUGCACUACCAUAACAUGAGUGCACGAACGACACACAACUCUUCCUCUGAAACAUGCUUUACAUAAAGUGAUUUCGUUU